AGUCAGCUGUGACAGCUAACCAGUCUGCUUAAGACACAUGAUCCAACAUGGCAACCAGGUGGGGGAUUUGCAGCGCGGGGAAGAUCAGUCAUGAUUUCACUGUGGCUCUGAAAACUCUUUCUCCUGGAGACCAUCAGGUUGUGGCUGUGGCUGCUCGCAAGUUGGAGGAUGCUCAGGAGUUUGCCAGAAACCACAGCAUCUCUCAAGCAUAUGGUAGCUAUGAGGAGCUGGCCAGAGACCCAGACAUAGAUGUGGUGUAUGUUGGGGUUAUCCACCCGUACCAUCUGAAGGCCUGUCUACUUUUUACGAAUGCCAAGAAGAACGUGCUGUGUGAGAAGCCGCUGGCCAUGAACACCAAGGAGGUGAAAGAGAUCCUGGACUCUGCCAAGAGGAAUGACGUCUUUCUCAUGGAGGCUGUCUGGACUCGCUUCUUCCCCGUCUCUGUGGAGAUCAGACGGCUGCUGGCUCAGGGAGAGCUGGGGGAGGUGAAGAUGGUCAGAUCAGAGUUCGGUGUGCCGCUGAUGCACGUAUCGAGAGCAGUGCAGAAGGAACUGGGCGGAGGAGCAUUACUGGAUCUUGGCAUUUACUGCCUGCAGGUCAUAUUCAUGGUGUACAACGGAGAGAAGCCAGAGAGCAUCCAAGCCACUGGAGUCUGCCUGGACUCUGGAGUGGAUGAGACUGUGACUGUGACUCUGAAGUUCUCUAAGAACAGGAUGGCAGUGUUGACUUGCUCAUCGGGGGUACAGCUACCCAACGAUGUCAUUAUUUCAGGAACAAAGGGCACAAUCAAGGUUCCAAGCCCUAUGUGGUGUCCCACAUCACUAGUGGUGAACGGGAAGGAGACCCAGUACCCAGUGCCAGAACCUUAUUUGCCUCUCAACUUUAUUAACAGCACAGGGAUGCGAUACGAAGCAGAGGAGGUCCGACAGUGUUUACUCAAAGGGCUGAAGGAGAGUGCGGUGAUGUCCCACACUGACUCUCUUCUGCUGGCUGAAGUGGAGGAUGAGAUUCGCAGGCAGAUAGGAGUGGUGUACAGCCAGGACUGCCUGUAAAUGUUUAACACGAACACACAUUGGGAUAAAGGAGAAGCUGUUCAUUAUGAAUAAUAUCUGUCUUGUUGCUCCAGAAAGACUUUAUGGAAAAGCUAAUUCUAAGAAUAUAAAAAGGAAAUGAGAAGCUUUUGGAAGAUAACAUUAUUCACACAUUCAUGGCUAACCCUUUAAUAAUGUCAGAUUGACAUGCAUUUGUAUGAAAUCAUAUUUUUCUAUAUUGUACAUGAAAGCAACACCUUCAGCCGGCAAAUGUUAAUGAACUUUUAUGUACAACUCUAGCACUUUGUCUAAAAGUACACUGGUGAUUUUUUGAUAAUCUGCCAAAUAUAUUUUCUGAAAU